AGUUUGCUUCCUGGAGAUGCGUUCAUGGAUUUCCUGGACUCAGCUGCAGUGAUGAAACAACCAUUUCCACGUUUUCCCCGGAUUCUCCAUCUCUGUCUCAGCCCACCCUCAGUCACGUGACCUUCUCCCAUUGCCAAAGGAAAUUUUGAAGAUAUGCCAACUCCGAAACGCUGAUGCCAGAAAUACCUGUUUCCAAAAAACGCCGUUGGUUCCAUCAUGCCUGCCUGGUUCUGGGACUGCUGGUAUGGACACUUAUCGCCGGAACCGAGUACUUCCGGGUCCCUGCUUUUGGCUGGGUCAUGUUUGUAGCCGUGUUUUACUGGGUCCUCACCGUCUUCUUCCUCAUCAUCUACAUAACAAUGACCUACACCAGGAUCCCGCAGGUGCCCUGGACAACAGUGGGUCUGUGCUUUAAUGGCAGUGCCUUCGUCUUAUACCUCUCGGCCGCUGUGGUGGAUGCCUCUUCUGUCUCCCCGGAGAGGGACAGCCACAACUUCAACAGCUGGGCAGCCUCAUCGUUCUUCGCCUUUCUGGUCACCAUCUGCUAUGCUGGGAACACAUAUUUCAGUUUUAUAGCUUGGAGAUCCAGGACCAUACAGUGAUUGGCCAUUUUGAGAAUUAAAAGGGAGGGAGAAAACACGAAGAAUCUCCUCGUAAAAACGAAAACAAAAAACCCGACAAACUGUAGGUAUGAUGUAUAUUUCCAGAGAAUUGUAUUUGACUAAUGUUUUUAUAUACCUAGUUAAAUUUGCUCGCGGCAGUUUGUUACAAUUAAACUGGAUACUUAUCUGCAGUUUGCUGUAGCUUGUAACGAACUCUUCAAUAUCUUGCGGAUGUCUUCACAGACCUUAUUUUCUUAGACGAUGUAUAAAUAGAUAAAUUGCUAAUAUCAAGACUGUGUCAAGUUUAUCAACCUAACUUUUCAAAUGCUAGACUCUUUUCUGAUUAAAUGUUUCAAAAUCCCCGGG